AUGCAGUCCAGUUCAAUCAAAUCCAGUUACGACAGAGUUCAUGGCUUGGCCAGUGCAUUCAGCAUCAGGGCGAUGCUUAAUCUUCCCUUAUCCAAUGAUUCAGAUAAUGAAAUCGGAGAGGAAUGUCUAACAGACACAAAGGAGAACUACGUUAACGCGGAGCUACACCUAACAGCCUCGAAAAAACUAUUACCUCAACGAAACCCGCAAAUCUUGGAAAGUUUGACCGUACAAACCACUACUGGUCAAUCUUCAAGAAUGAAGCCAGAGCCUGGCUUCCAUAUGAGCUCCCCAAAGGCACACGUUUCGGGACACAUUGUACGAGGUUUUGAUAAUCAAAACGGACACACAGAUGAGCCACCUAGUCAGUUGUCAAUGUUCACCUUGCCACCAGAAAGUUCCUUGUGUACUUCCCAUCUUGGCUCUGGUUCAGAAAGGUCUGGGUCUUCCAAAUCUUCCCCAUCGGUGGCGCAGUCUAGUCCGUGUGGUCGGUAUUCGCACUCUCCUAUUUCUCCUCAACGCACGUCCCGAGAUGCAAUUGAUGAUCAAGAUGAAGCCUGUCCCUUAAAUGAACAGUCCUUGCAGCAGAAGGACAGAUGCUGCUCUGAAUCCAAGCAGGGUAGAACUUCGAGUAAACCUACCAGUGUCAGCGACAAACCUCCAUUCAGCUACAAUGCACUCAUCAUGAUGGCCAUACGAAGUAGUCCGGAGAAACGUCUCACAUUGAAUGGGAUUUAUGACUUCAUAACGAGCAACUUCCCUUACUAUAAAGAUAACAAACAAGGCUGGCAAAACUCUAUACGUCACAAUUUGUCAUUGAACAAAUGUUUUGUCAAAGUCCCUCGAGCCUACGACGACCCUGGAAAGGGAAAUUACUGGAUGCUCGAUCCAUCCUGUGAGGAUGUCUAUAUAGGAGGCACCACAGGCAAGUUACGUCGACGCACGAAUUCACUUCAGCGAAAUAGACUAUUCAGCCUUCGUUUGGCCAGUUAUUAUGCCUCACUCACUCGAAAUUACCGAGUGUCAGAUUAUGCUUGUCCAGAUAUUGCAUCUCUGUACUCUCCAAAUCCAGUAUUAAAUGCCCUACCGCAACUUCAUUAUCGUCGUACACCUCCAACACCACUAUCUCCAUCUACAUAUCUUGGUAUGUUUACGGCAGGAAACUCAUUUCCUCCCCAAAGGUCUGAAAAUCUACGAGACCAAGAAGCAGAACAAAUACCUCCCUCCGUUGAUUACCGCACAGCGCGUCAAACUCAGUUCCAGCAGUCGUCUGCCCACAGACUUGAGAGUCACUUUAGCCCCGGUCGAGCUGUGACAUCGAACGAUCCGAAAUGUUUUCCCCUCAACGGUCGAUCGAGUAAUCUCAGUCGUAGGAAUUGGACUACGCGGCCAACUUUCGAGCCGCCUAAUAUACGCCCGAUUUCGAAAGAAGCACCAAGUUGUCCCAAUACGGAGACAAUACCUUUUGAACCAUCAGUGAUAGCCACGAAUAAUAUUCGUCCUUUUGGAACUACACCUAUUCUCGAGUUGCCUUUCCCAACAGAUCAACUCCAACAGGCCGAGCGACGUCCGGUUGAAAUGCUUUAUUCUACCAACCGUGAUUUAUCGCACUAUGCAAAGUCGUCCCUACAGCUCAAGGUGCAUGAGAGACGGAUUCGUGACUCGAUUGGCCUAUUGUUCAACGCCUAUGGUUCGGUUCUGUCAAACCCCUUACAUGACGCAAAGCUCGUGCCAUGA